GUUGACAACUUCUCACUGAAAAUUUCCGCAAAUAAAAAAAUUUCUGUAAGAGUGUCCUUUUGAUUUUAUAAAACAAACAUGUUUCGAAAACCGUAUAAAACCAAAACCAGCACCACAGUUAAAGGAUCAGACAGGAGAAAAUUACGUACGAUGAUUGAAAGCCAUUAUUCUCAUUUAUCUGCUGAAGAUUUGAAUGCCUUGAUUCCUGCCAAAUCGGAAAUGAACCAAGUUAAAGCGAUGACUCAUGGAGGUACUAUUGCAAUGAUUUUCUAUUCUGGAACAAAUCCAGUAUUCUUUCAAGUAGAAAAUCGCUGCUUUCCGACUCUGUAUUCGUUAUGGAAGUACCCUACUUUAUUGCCUACCAUUGCGACAGUUCCAGCUGUUUUGGAAAAAAUAUGCAAUGGGGCAGAUCUUAUGGCUCCAGGUAUUGUUGUUGAUGAUGAAUUGAAGAAAGAAUUUCAAGGUUUGAAAAUGAAUGAUAUUUGUGCCAUCAGAAUAUUUGGAAAUAAAUCUGCUAUUGCUAUUGGCGUUGCUUUGAUGUCUUUUGAUGAACUUUGCAAAGAAGGUGUCCGAGGCAAAGCUGUGUCCAUCACUCAUAGUUUCAAAGAUAAUUUAUGGUUGUCUGGAGAUCAGUCCGACAUUCCUUUGUGCCCUGAUGUGUUAGAAGUGCUCUCUGAUAACUUAGAAAAUGUCAAUUUAUGUGAUGAAAAUGUUCAGAGUAUAUCAGAAAAUUCUGUAGAAGAAGAAAGAUUAGAUAAUGAUAGAACUAUUGAAACUGAAUCAAGUCCAGCAGAAACUGAGGCUGUUGAACCUGAAUAUACGAUGGAUGAUAUUUUAUAUCAAUCUUUCAUGGCUGCUGUAAAAGCUAAUCAUAAAAAAAUACAGUAUCCUAUUUUAAGUAGUACAUUUUAUAGUAGCUAUGUACUCAAAUCAUGCCCUUCUCAGUUUAACUUGGACAUUAAAAAAACAACGCAUAAAAAAUUAUCAGUUUUUCUAAAAAAGAUGCAAAGGUUGGGCGUUAUACAAAUAAAAGAAUUAACUAAGGGUGUAGAAAGCAUUGUUUCAAUUAAUGCUGAAAAUGAAAAUAUCAAGACUUUUAGACUGGAUCCCGCAUUUAAGUCGUUUCUUCAAACACUUAAAGCAGAAAAAUUAGAAGAAGUUGAACCAUCUUCUACAAUACAAGAAAAUUAUAAAUUUCCAUCUGUAACUGAACUUCAUGUCAUAUCUGCUCAAGUGAAACCACUUUUUGAAUUUUCUAAUUACAGGAAAGGAGAUAGUAUUCCUACUACUACUGUAAGGGAAGUUUUAAGGCAUUAUGUAAAGGAAAAUUCAUUGCAAAGUGAACAAAAUCCAAGAGAAGUUGUUCUUGAUCCAAUUUUGUGCGACUGUGUGGCAAAAAAGAAUGACAUUAAAGAUGUAAUGACAUGGGAUGAACUGCAGGAUCUCAUUGUCUCUAAAAUGCCUCAUGCAUAUCAGGUAGGUUUUGAUGAUAAAGAUCCUGUUGUAAAAAAGGGCAAGCUUGAACCCAUUACUGUCACUAUUGAUACAAGGACAGGAAAUAAGAAAGUAACAUUAAUUCAAAAUUUGGAAAUAUAUGGCAUUAACCCUGAAAAACUAGCACAGCAUGUUCAAGUAGCUGUUGCUGCCAGUACUUCUGUCACGCCUAAUGCUAAUGGGAAAGGUAACCUUGUAUUGAUCCAAGGAAACCAAGUGCGAUACUUGCAAAAAUUAUUCUUGGAAAUGUAUAAAGUGCCACGCAAAUUUUUACGAGGAUUAGAAAAUGUUCCAAAGAAGAAAUGAAGUACUUAUAUAUGUUUAAUUUAUAGAACUGUUAAUAAAAUUUAUUUACAACGUU